AUGUGGGUAGGUCAAAAGGCAGCAUAUGAGCGUGCUGAAUGUGACCGUGGUGAGCUGGCUGUCUAUUGCCGACGGGGUCAGCUAUUGGAUUGCCGAAUGAAACCCAACGCCUCGCCUCAGAUCCCGUCGAGAUCAAAUUUGAACCGAUUCGAAGAAGCAUGGUCAAAGUGGAUCAUUGUUGAACAAAAGAAACGCCUAGGGCUCUGCAUAUAUUUGCUGGACUGUCAAAUGGCAGCAGUAUUCCAGCGUCAGCCAUACAUCAGCAAGGCAGAGACGGUCAAUGCCUCACUGCCUUGUUCAGAAAUAUUUUGGAAUGCACCAACAGCAUGGGCAUGGAAAGCCCUACUUGGACCGGCCGAGAUUCCACCAAGCACGUAUUUCCUUACAACAUUGACGACCAUCCUUUUACACAAUGAAAUCCCGGGGGUCCUUCCAUUCCCAGCAUUGGAUGAUUUUUGCAAGACUCUCUACGCCUAUGUCCUGCAUACGCACGUCUUCGAGUGGCGACAAACAAUCUGCAUGCUCAAUCCAACAGGACUGAUUACGUCUCCUAUCUCCCUGGCACCCGAGAACAUUGGUAUCUCGCUACAAGAGCGACGGAAAUGGCUUGAAGGCUGCCUCAGAAAUUGGGCCUCCGCCUACGGAGAUUGCAACCAAGAAGACUUUACCAAUCGAAAUUCGAAGAGCUCAUCGGGAAUUCUCCUCUAUCACCUCGCGAGUCUGGCACUCCAUCUGAAUUUUUCAGACCUCCAUAUUGUUGCCGGUAGAUCUGGCUCAGAUGCGGAUAUCGGACUGGCUAUGCAGUCAUUGCGCAAUUGGCUGCAAGGAGAGAGAGUCCAGAAGAUAUUUGCGUGCAACAGUCAAAUGUUAGAUGCAGCGCACGAAGCAAUUUUUGCUGGUGAUGCACAGAGGAGUGGGUACGAAUUAGCGGUCUCUUUGUUCAUUGGCGGUCUCACUAGCUGGGCCAUAUCUCAAUUUGGAAGUGGCGAUCUGAUGCCUGUCGAUUUGAACACGUCAAACAUUUCACAAGCCCCCCGAACGGAAAUUGGCAGUGAUGACAAUCGAAAUCAACCGAGUGCCGAAGACUCGCCACAAGCUGUGAACUCGCUUUUUGACCAAGUUGCAGGUGCCCGGGACGGGCUACGUGCCGUUAAGUGUGUACGACUGGCAGUGUCCUUUGGGGAGAUUCUCGACCGACUUCUCAAUAAGCCAAUGGAUCAGUGA